CCGUGCAACAAAAGCGGAGGCUAACCUUAAACUGUGUCACAAAAACCUACCCAGCCGUUCCCCACUCUCCUCCGCCUACACCACGCCACCUCCUUCCUCUCUCUCUCCGUCUGUCUCUCUGUCUCUCUCUCUCUCUCUCUCUCUCUCGGUUCCUCCUAAAGAGCUUGCUAUCUCUGUCGCCUAAAACCUUAAAUCAUUUGUUUAGUUGACCUCUGUGAAAAAAGUGCUUGCAAACUCGAAAUUUUUUCAGUGAUGGGCAAGCCAGGUUCACGCUCAGAAUCAUCGACCAAAGCCGACCUCAAAUUCGAAAAGAAGCUCGAAUUUUAUGCUAAGGUUAGAGAUACAAUUUCUGGCUUGGGUGCCCAGAAGGCUAUUGUGAAGAAGAAGAAACUGCGUAGCCGACAGAAGAAACUGAAAGCAUAUGAUCUCUCUUCCUUCUCAGAGUUUCUGCCUGAGUUGAAGGCUAAAAAGCAACCCACUUCUGAGUUCAAGCUAAAUUGCAAAUCCAAGAAAACCCUAAUAUUGAAGGAAGGAAAGCAGUUGGCUACAGUUCUUGAGCAUCCCGCUUUCAAGUCAGAUCCCUUAGCUGCCAUUCAACAACAUUUGGAGAGGACACAGCCAGUGAUAGAAGUGAAACCAGAGAAAAGGAAAAACAAAAGUGGAAGCAAGAAGAGGAAAGACAAGAAAUUGAAGGCUUCAGCCGGACCCCAAUCUAUGGAUAUGUGAGUCAAUAUGCACACUUUUCAUCUGAUCCACCGUGAUGAUGACUCAAACUUGUUCAAAUCACAUUGCGAAUGUUCCAACGCUUAAAUUUCAAAUAUAAAAUUUUGUUGGUCUUGCUGGAACUUGUAAAUGGUUCAGUUUAGCCCCAUUUCCAUAGGAUCCUUUUGGUCUCAAGUGCGUAAUUUACCAACUUGUUGGCACGUGAAGAAAUGAAACAAGAAAAGAAGGGAAGAUAUUUGUUAA